AUGCUCUCGUUGUCUUCAGAGGGGAACAUGGUUGUGCUCGGGGCGCUCCUGAGCAUCACCGGCUGGGCGUCUCUCUACUUGGCAUUGUGUCACGCCAACGGCCGCCGCAGCGCUGAGUGGAACUGUCGCCUUGUCACCCUGCUGCAUGGCAUCCUGGUCAUUUGCAUCACGGCUUACAUCGGCUACGUGGAUGGACCCUGGCCCUUCGCCUAUCCAGGUACAAAGAACACACCUUUGCAGAUAAGUGUCUUGUUGCUGAGCCUGGGCUACUUUCUCUUUGACAUGGCCUGGUGCGUCUACUUCGGCACCGAGGGAGCCGUCAUGCUGGCCCACCACACCAUGAGCAUCCUUGGAAUCCUGCUCACCCUCUGGCUGGGCGAGUCGGGCAUCGAGGGCUGCGCCGUCCUCUUCGGCAGCGAGAUCACCAACCCGCUGCUGCAGGCGCGUUGGUUCCUCAAGCAGACGGGACGCUACGGCACGCCCCUGGCGCACACUGUGGAUGCGCUGUUCGUGCUGCUCUUCGUGCUGAUGCGGGUCUUUGUGGGAGGCACAAUGCUGUACUGUGAGCUGAUCUCGCCAAGGCCCAGAUUUUUUAUCAAGUGCGGGGGCGUGGCCAUGUACGCGCUCUCUUGGGUCUUCAUGGUGGACAUCGUUCGCUUCGCCAGCCGCAAGAUCAAGACUUGGCAGAGGGAACGACAAGAGGCCGCCAAUGGAAAGAACGAUUAAAUGCUGACAACUUCAGUGUAAUGAGAUGAAAAUGGGAGUUAAAUAUGCUUUAGGCAGUUAUUCAGACUGAACCUUUUGUUUAGUUGUUGGGGAAAAACAGCGCAGAGGAGGUUUAUGUGGCUGGAAACCAAAGCACUAGCAGAUGUUGCACUUGGUUACAAGUGUCUCUAAUGGCGGCAACUGUUGGUGUGCGCAUCAUGUAAUAGGCAUCAUUUUUGGAUGAGUCAUUGUUGCCCAGAAUCCAAUACUGUUCGGUGGAAGCCCCAAACUUUGGAGUUCAACCAAAGUCUCAGCUUAAAAAGAAAAAAAUCAAACAUUCUGGGUAAUUAGCAUCAAGUUGAAAAAGAGAAGUUUCCCAGAAGUUUUUUAUUUCCCCUGGAACCUUUGAAUAGUGAGUAGGUUUAGUUAUGGUUUCAUCAUGGGGAAUUUGGGUUUGUGGAAUGUUUCGAUGUUAAACAGCUUGAUUGUAAUUAAUGUGGCAAAAUGUUUGCAGUCCCGAGGUUGGGGGUUAAAUGAAGUAAUCCAAUAAAUGGAUUGAUUUGACUUUGAAGCUUCCACUAAAGAAACAAUGUUGCUCUUGGUUGCAAUGUUGAAUGAACAGAGCAAAAAAGUGUUCCAAAAAAAGGAGACACUGUUUACAACUUGUGAUCUCCUCAAACCAUGUGAGUCAUAUCGAAAACUUAGUGUUUUGUUUUGUAUAUGACAAACUGUGAACAGAUUUGGAAGCCUUACUCAGGGAGAAAUAUUAAACAACUUUAACUUUUUGUUUAUUUUAUUCAAAUUCAUUCAUUCAUGUUUUUUUCUUGUGUCAUAUUGCUCUGACAUACUUUCUAUUUGUUAAAAUCAUAGUUAUGAACUGUUAUUAGUUUUGGUUAAAGGUGCUAUGAGGCAAACGCUUUAAUCUCGAUGAUGAUGGUGAAAGUACAAUAUGUAAAUAUGUUGUCUUUACAUUUAUAAUAUGAGUGUACAGUGUUAUUUCAUUGCUUCCAGCACAAGUCUGUUUUACCCAACUGCCACAUUACCAGGUGAGGAACAUCAUUGUGUAUAUAAGGAGAAAACAAAAUGUCUAACUGUUGUGCCUUGCUAUUCCCUGUAUGAACAUUGAAAACUAGUGGCUAAAUGGGAAUUUGUGUUUGGUAAAUAAAUGUUCUUCAAUUGCUCAGUUGUACCUCGGUGGUAGAAUUCCCAUUGAUGUCCACUAGAUGGUGCUACUGUUUAGCAGUGAUAUGACAAGUGACGUGGAUCCACAUAGAAAAGAACUGUAAAGUUAUUUUCUUUGUACAAAAUAAAGUGCUUUAAGGACACCUUCAA